AUGGGCUCUUCAAAAGCUUCUUCUCUUGAUGCCACUACCGACCCGAUAUCAGACUCUAAUGAUACCCGAUUACCAUCGAGUCGUACGACCGGGAUUGAGUUCCAAUCACAGCCAUAUAUACAUCAGCCAGACGUGUCCCUAAGCCGGCUCAGCACCCCCACCCCGCUAUCCUCCCUGGACUCUGUGUCGAGCUGCUUUACGGCCACUUCCCAAUCAGGCGCAGGAGUGACGAAACCCAAUACUAUACGGCAAACCGAAAAUAUACCCAGUGGUGCCGAUGGAGCAGCGUUACUGCCAGUAACUACGCCUUUAUCGAGUAGUUCUGAGCUAUCGUCUAUUUCUCCCAAUUCUCUACUGCAGUCACCCUCCUCCAUUGCAUCACAGAAAUCACUCCUGGCUGUUACGCAUGCCACUUCUGGUCCAGCUACAAUGUCCGAUUCAUCCACCACUCAGAAGGCGCCUUUAAAGAAACUAGCACCUUCUCCCGCCACAGAAGUAAACAAAAAGAGUGUUGCAAAUCCCGACCCGCAAGUCGUUAAAACACCUCAACGUUGGCGGAAAAGGACGUUGAACCGUGGCAAAAGACGGAGGGCUGGGGAAUAUGAUGACGAUGGAGAGAGCAUUGUCAAGGCUGGAAACUCAAGCUCAGAUGAGUCUGAUGAAUUUACUCCUCUUACAACUCAGACCAAAUCCGGUCGACAGGUUCAUAGACCCAUGUAUCUUCUUCCAGACGAUGCCCCUGCUUCGAUAUCUGGGCAAUCGAGAGCACAAUCAUCUGCUGGAGCAUCCCUUGGACAGACACCUCCAAGGAAAAAAAGACGGGUAUAUAAAAAGGGAAGAGAGGUGAAUAUCACAUGCGAACGCUGCGAUCGAGGCUACAGCCCGCAGAGUAACUCGAUUGUGUUUUGCGAUGAUUGCAAUGGGGCAUGGCAUCAGUACUGCCACGACCCCCCAAUAAAAGCGGAGGUGAUUGCUGUGAAGGAGGCGCAGUGGUUCUGUAGCGAGUGCAAACCUGUCAAUAUUUCCUCGUCCAACCGUGGGGGUACGGCUGAGCCUCCUGUCAAGGCCAUAGGAUCAACUGCUACGUCUCACGACUCGCAUUCCCCACAGUUGGUUGGAGGGUCUAGUUUCACCCAAGCAGAAAGGUUGCAGUACCUAUCGCAUCUUUCUCACGCCGCUCUUGUGGAGCUUCUUGCUGGAAUAGCCAACUCUGACCCCAAUCUACCAAUUUUCCCCGUGAAUCUGAAAGACCUUCCCUCAUCAUCUACCAUCGCACCACUGCCCAUUUCACAGACGUCAAGCAAGACGGUAGAAGAUACGCCCCAAGCGCAGUCUUCGGCAUCUACACCCGUAACAGCUGCUGCCAGUGCUACUCGGCAUGCAGAAUACGACUCUGACGAAGAGUAUGUUGCCGAGCACCGUCUCUAUCCGAAACCAGGAAAUGGAUUUCGCCUACCUCCUGACUCCUUCGACCUUAAUAUGUUGCUCGAAGAUCCGAAUUGUCCGACAUUCAGUCAUAUAUUGCACGGUCCAAAAGCCAAAGUCACUGGCAUAAGCAGCAAAGUCAGCAUUGGCCAAGAAGCUGCCAAGGCUUGA